CGGUUGUGUUUGAAGUUUCCUGUCGUAGUGGAAACGGCAAGAAACAUUGCGCGUGAGUGAAACAAAUGUCAAAGAAGAGUGGAAAAAUAACAGUAAAAGUAGAGCUUUUAAUAAUUCUGUUUAUUUGUUAUGCUUUCAUAUACAGCGUUAUUGGAGUUGUUUAUAGCAAAGCAAACACUGCUCAAGCUAACACAGACAAGAGGCGACUUUCACGUCAACUUUUAGCAGCAAUUGUCUGGCAGUGACAAUACUCCAUGGUGGUACACGUAAAUAGCAGAAAGUACUUGUAAGAGGUGACAGCUGGUCAACAUGGCCGACGGUCGGACAGACACUUUAAACUUCAACGUCGGGGUCCUUGGACAUGUCGACAGCGGCAAGACGUCGCUGGCUCGGGCGCUGAGCAGCACCGCCUCCACGGCAGCCUUCGACAAGAACCCCCAAUCCCGCGAGAGAGGCAUCACCCUGGACCUCGGCUUCUCCUCCUUCACCGUGGCCCUUCCGGAUCACCUGCGGGACAGCGAGGGCCGGCGUCCGUAUGACAGCCUGCAAUUCACCCUGGUGGACUGCCCGGGACAUGCCUCUCUCAUUCGGACUAUUAUUGGAGGAGCGCAGAUCAUCGACCUGAUGAUGCUGGUGGUGGACGUGGUGAAAGGGGUCCAGACGCAAACUGCAGAGUGUCUGCUGAUCGGCGAGCUGACCUGUCCCCGCAUGGUGGUCGUGCUCAACAAGACCGACCUCCUGCCAGCCAACAAGAGACAGAGCGCCAUCCAGAGGAUGACCAAGAGACUACACAAAACGCUGGAGAACACCAGAUUUAAGGACUGUCCCGUCAUUGCAGUGGCAGCCAAGCCCGGGGGCCCCGAGGCUCCUGACACGGAGGAACCCCAGGGGGUAUCAGAGUUAAUGGAGCUGUUAAAGAACCAGACGUAUCUCCCACGGAGAGACCCCACAGGCGACCUGCUGAUGGCGGUGGACCACUGCUUCUCCAUCCGGGGCCAGGGGACGGUCAUGACCGGGACCAUCCUGCAGGGGUCGCUGGCCAUCAACGACACGGUGGAAAUCCCAGCACUGAAGGUGAGCAAGAAGGUGAAGUCCAUCCAGAUGUUUCGUAAGCCGGUGUCGGGGGCCAUGCAGGGGGACCGCGUGGGUGUGUGCGUGACCCAGUUUGACCCCAAGCUGUUGGAGCGGGGCAUGGUGUGCGCCCCGGGCUCCCUUCGCACCAUCCACGCCGCCGUGGUCUCGGCCAGGAAGAUCGGCUACUUCAAGGGCUCCCUCAGCACGCGGGCCAAGUUCCACAUCACCAUGGGACACGAGACCGUCAUGGCGAGGGUGACCUUCUUCGGCCUCCCCGAGCCGCCUGUGGACACGCCCGAUCUGCGACCGUGCUCGUUGGACGGCGCCUUCGCUUUGGACAGAGAGUACCUUUACCAGGAAGACUACGUCACGGCGCCGGGAGAGUCUGGCUCAGGACCCGACCCGGAUCAGUGGGCCUUGCUGGAGUUCGAGCGUCCGGUCACGUGCCCUUUACUCUGCCUGGUCAUCGGAUCCAAGCUGGACGCCGACAUCCACGCCAACGCAUGCCGCUUGGCCUUCCAAGGACGUCUGCUGCUCGGCUUCGAGGAUAAAGGCUACGCCGAGACCGACCUUCCCGGUCUGCUCAUCUACAAGACCAAACACCGCGAGGGCCAAGUGGAAAGGGUGACCGACGACUACACCGUGAUUGGCCGAAACCUGUUCAAGAAGGAAACCAACCUGCAGAUCUUCAUGGGGCUGAAGGUCACGCUGUCCACGGGUGAAACCGGCGUCAUCGAGGGCGGAUUUGGACAGAGCGGGAAGUUCAAAGUCCGGGUGAAAGAGGGUCUUCGGCCAGAGACCAAGCAGUUGCUGUCCUCGUCCUCCAAGAAAAAAGGGAAGGGGGGCGGCAAAGACGGCGCUGCCAAGGAAGAGGAGUCCAAAGCGGACACGCAUCCCGUCAGCAUUCACUUGGAUUUCAAGCGCUACGUGUUCGACCCCCACAAGAAGAUGGUCCAGUUGUGACUCACGGCCGACGCUGAGACUGGUUUCCCAGGGAGAAGCGAUGCUGGCUGACGGGAUAUCAAAUGAAGAAGCGACAUGGACGUUCUCAGCAUAAUCGGGAACGUCGGAUUUGCAAAUCCUGGCCUCGUGCUAGCGUGUAUCAUCUAACCAAUCAUAUCUAACAUCUUAUCUUCUUGCUGGGCCACAACCUGUAAAGGUCACCUGUGGCAUUUUUAACCACUCAAUCAAUCGUUUUCUUUCUCAUUUCAUUUGAUUUUUUUCACCUCUUUUUUUCCUGUAUGGAAUUUUUUGGCCCGGAAUGUUGAUUAUGUCAGAAAUACAACAACUCUUAUCUGAAGCUUCAUUUGCUUCAUUUUCAUUAUUUUUGCAUCCAUGCUUUUAUGAACGUCAUUGCCAGGAUGACGUACUUGACAGGAAAAUACGAUCGUUGGUAGCUGACGUGGGGGAGGAAGAGGAUGGUGGCAAGGGGAAGCGUUCCAAACGUGUCUCAAGGCAGAGGAGAUUGAAAAGACUAAUUAGCCGCCGUUUGACUGAUAAAUGGCUGCAACAUUAAUUAGCAAUUUAACCACGGGGGGUCGGGGGGGGGCCCCCCUCCAAACACCAAGCAUGCUCUCCAAACGCCAAAAGCACAAAUACUCACUGCCAGGCAAGAUUAGGACCAUCAUAUCUGCUCAUCCUUCUCAUUUUGCUUCUUGGACACCACGAGAAGUACUUCACAGAAGUACUACACAGUCCGACGUCAGGACGCGUCUCUCCAUCCCUAAUUUUUCCCCAACGCUAAUUCCCUUCCACCAGACAUGAACACGUCUUUCUCCUCUCAUCAUUCUCCUGACCACCGUAGCACGCCGGAGCUCGGCCCAUGUGUCCGACUACAGCGUACCUCACCGGGCCCCCCGCCUGAUGAUGUUCAGUGUUGUCAUUCCACACCUUCAUUGGAAUUCUUUUCAUUCCACAACAGCUUUUGUUCCUUUUGAUGUUUUCACUCUGCACCAAAAUUCCUUUUAUUUAUUUUUCAUUUGGAGAUAAAAUAUCUAUUUUAAUUCUACACCAAAUUUGAUUUAGAUUCUACACCAAAAUUGAUGUAUUAUUUUUUUCAUUUUAUUAAUUUUGUAAAACAAUUUGAAACAAUUUUCAUUUAAACACCAACAUUUUUCUGUUUUUUUUAUUCUACAGCAAUUUUAAAAAUUGUAUUUUCAUUCCAUACCAAAAUAAUAUUUCAUUCUGCACCAAAAUAGAUGUUUUAUCAUUUUUAGUCUACACCUACUGUACAUUUUUAUUUCAUUCUGCACCAAAAUUCUUCCAUUACUUUCAUUCUGCACAAAUUUUCUUUCAAGGAAAAUCUUACCAUGUGAGACAUGGACGCCACCGUGGCGUCACAUCCCCCAAUACAGGGCACCUUGCUGGGCCACGCCAGCGGGCUCCUCCCCCUCCAUACUCUGGUUCUCCUGGUAGUGGUGAUGUGGUGAUAUUUGAUCAGGACCAAUCCUCAUUUGUUCCCGUUCGUCUUACCUCCUCGUGUGCACAAACGACACGUGCAACGACGUUUGAAAAAAGUAGCGAUGAAAACAUGGAUAUCAUAUCGGUCCGGAGAUGCAGCAAGUUAUUGAUAUGAUAAAAAGAUAUUGUGCAUGUCUGGUCUUCAUCGU